GCAGCGGAGAGUGGGAGAAUGUGGCGGAAACACGAUAAACCUUUUGAUCUUUGAGAUGCUUUGACGCGACUUCUGGGAAACGUUCGGACAAAUAAACACUUUAGGAUGGCCACCCCGAGCAAGACCCCCCCCGGAGCCGACCCCAAGCAGCUGGAGCGGACCGGCACGGUCCGGGAGAUCGGGUCCCAGGCGGUGUGGUCCCUGUCCUCCUGUAAACCGGGCUUCGGAGUGGACCAGCUGAGGGACGAUAACCUGGAGACGUACUGGCAGUCUGACGGGUCACAGCCGCACCUGGUGAACAUCCAGUUCAGGAGGAGAACCACCGUGAAGAUGUUGUGUAUUUAUGCCGACUACAAGUCAGACGAGAGUUACACGCCCAGCAAGAUCUCCGUGAGGGUCGGGAACAACUUCCACAACCUGCAGGAGAUCCGGCAGUUGGAGAUGGUGGAGCCGAGCGGCUGGAUUCACAUCUCUCUGAUGAAUCAGCGGAACAACGAGCCCGUCAGCACCUUCAUGAUCCAGAUCGCGGUUCUGGCGAACCACCAGAACGGCCGCGACACCCACAUGCGGCAGAUCAAGGUUUACACGCCGGUGGAGGAGAGCUCCAUCGGCAAGUUCCCCCGCUGCACCACGGUGGACUUCAUGAUGUACCGCAGCAUCCGCUGACACGGGGGCCCCGUGGCCCCGUGUCGUCUUCCUCCUCCUCUUCUGGCUCCUCAUCACCCUCUUCCUACCUCUUCUUCCUCCUCCUUCUUGCUCCUCCUCACCCUCUUCUUCCUCCUUCCUCCUCCUCCUCCUCCCCUAAAUUAAGGAGCUGCCACUCUAAUCCCGUGUAAAGAUGUUUAAAGUGACUGUUUACGUUUUUACGUCACAGACUUGAUCCAGUGACUCUGAAGACAAACUGUUGUGCCUCCAGACCGUCUGCUGUUGUUGUUGUUGUAUUAAAUGUGUUUUCUGCCACAAUGUGAGUUACUGACUGAAGACAAUAAAGAUAAACUUUAAUUAAAUAAA